AAAAAUAAGUGGAUAAAGCAAAGCAAGAGAGCUGACGAAACAUGUUUUCUUGUAUUUUGUAGCAGAACAUCAACAAUAUAGAAACUAAGAUCAUCUUAACAAUGGCAUCAAUCUCCCCAUUAUCCAUUAAAUUUAUCAGCAAAUCUAAUUUAUCCACAAAAUCUCCAUACCAUCUGCCCUCUCAAUCCAAGCCAUUUCACAUAGCUUGUCACUUAGGCACACAAAGACAGGACCCAUUUCUUGAUUGUUCUACAACUAGGUCCAAGAACAACUGGAGUAAACUAGUUUCAACUGCAUUGGCGGCGGCCGCUGUUGUUAAUUUUGGCUUCGGUUCGCCUGCAGUUGCUGAUCUCAAUAAGUUUGAAGCGGAGAUGCGUGGCGAGUUCGGUAUUGGAUCAGCUGCUCAGUUCGGUUCGGCAGAUCUCAGGAAAGCAGUGCAUAUGAAUGAAAAUUUCAGAAGAGCCAAUUUCACAUCAGCUGAUAUGAGAGAGUCUGAUUUUAGUGGUUCAACAUUCAAUGGUGCGUACAUGGAGAAAGCGGUUGCAUACAAGGCGAAUUUUACAGGUGCAGAUUUGAGCGACACCUUGAUGGAUCGAAUGGUCCUGAAUGAAGCUAAUCUGACGAAUGCAGUGCUCGUUCGAUCAGUUCUAACUCGCAGUGAUCUCGGAGGCGCCACAAUCGAAGGUGCCGAUUUCAGCGAUGCAGUCAUAGAUCUCUUACAAAAGCAGGCGUUAUGCAAGUAUGCGAACGGAACAAAUCCAAUAACAGGAGUAAGCACUAGAAAAAGCUUAGGCUGCGGAAACAGCAGGCGAAAUGCGUACGGUAGUCCAUCGUCUCCUCUUCUAAGUGCUCCUCCUCAACAACUACUUGAUCGCGACGGUUUCUGCAAUGAAGCCACCGGUCUUUGCGAUGCAAAGUGAUUUCAAGCCGUUUUCAUGUAAAUAGAUGAAUUUUAUUUAAAAUCGGAGUAUUUACUGCUACAGAUUCUGAAUGUAGAGCUAUAAAAGUUGGAAAAAAAAAGAAACAGAAACCUGCUAAAUGUGUUUAUGUCUUGAAAUUGAACAUAAAAAGAUAACCAUUGUUGCCUUGCUUUAUAUAAUUAAGAGAAAUUUUG